AUGGGGCUUGAUGAAAUUGGAGACUUUGAUUUUGCUAGUAAUGUUCAUUUGAAGAAUGUGGAAAGUAAAGUUGAUGAUGUGAUGGAUGAAAACAAAAGAUUAGCAGCUGAAAGCAAGAAAGUGGCUGAUCGUGAAAAGAUUCUUGAAAUGCGUGUAAAGAAGUUAGAAUCCGAGAACAAGUCUUUGUUGAAAAAGAUAGAUACCGAUCAGACAAAGAUUGAUUUUUUGAAGGCGAGAGUUGCAGAGUUAGAAGAAGAAAAGACUCGCCGAGAUGAACAGAACAAAUAUUUUGAAUUAAUGAAUAAAGAGCUUGAAGCUGCGAAAGCGUUGAAAGAGCACGAAUUCUAUAUGAUGAACAAGGUGAUUGAGAGUAUGCUUGGAAAGUCAAUAGAGCAAAGAUUUGAAGAAAUUCAAGUUGAAGAAGUCAGGGCUAAACGGCAAGCUGAGAUUGAAGCUCUAAUGAAAGACAAAGGCAAGGGUGCUGCAGGCAGUGAUGCAGUAGUUGAAAGAUCAAUUGUUCCAUCAGUAGUUGUUGAAAAUCCUGUUCCUAUAUCUUCCGUAUCAGCAAUCUUUGAAGAAAAUGUAUCACUUGAAGAUAUUGCUGGUGAUGAUGAGGAAGAUGAUAGCGAAGAAGAUGACGAUGAAGAGGGUGAUGAAGAAGAGGAUGAUGAUGAUGAAAAAGUAUUUUCUGCGAGUAGUCAUGGUUCUGAUGAUGACAAUGACGAUGAUAAUCAGUGUGGUACAGGUGUAACUACUACAAAAGCUUCCAAAGAACAAAAUGUUGAUGAUUUAAUGAAUGAUGAAGCGAAUGAAGAAACAGAGGGAGCUGAUGGAUAG